UGAAGGGGAACCAACUAUACAGACAGCGCGGUCGGGUUUAGGGGCAGCUGGCGGGAGGAUUCGGCAACUCCCUGAACUUGAGGCGCCGCGGAGUGUGGGCGCAGGGAAGAGCGAUUCAAACCUUGCGGACUGUGCAGUGGGUCGGCGGCCAGACAGCUAUAACCCGUGGUGGAAGUAGCCAGUGAGUACCCUGCGCCAUGGCACUGCCGUUCCGGAAGGACUUGGGGGACUACAAGGACUUGGAUGAGGACGAGCUCCUUGGCAAGCUGUCGGAAUCAGAGCUGAAACAGCUCGAGACUGUCCUGGAUGAUCUUGACCCCGAGAAUGCCCUUCUGCCUGCAGGGUUUCGGCAGAAGAACCAGACAUCAAAGUCUGCCACGGGACCCUUUGAUAGAGAACGGCUCCUUUCUUACCUAGAGAAGCAAGCAUUGGAGCACAAAGAUCGGGAAGACUAUGUGCCCUACACCGGAGAGAAGAAAGGGAAAAUUUUUAUCCCCAAACAGAAGCCAGUGCAGACUUUUACAGAAGAAACUCUAUCCCUCGAUCCAGAGUUAGAAGAAGCUUUGACAAGUGCUUCAGACACAGAACUGUGUGACCUUGCAGCUAUUCUUGGGAUGCACAAUCUGAUUGCAGACACACCGUUCUGUGAUGUGCUGGGAAGUAGUAAUGGUGUCAACCAAGAACAUUUUCCCAAUGUGGUUAAAGGGGAAAAGAUUCUUCCAGUGUUUGAUGAGCCACCAAAUCCAACCAACGUUGAAGAGAGUUUAAAGAGAAUUAGGGAAAAUGAUGCCCGUCUUGUUGAAGUUAAUUUGAAUAAUAUAAAAAAUAUCCCAAUCCCAACUCUAAAAGAUUUUGCGAAGACUUUGGAAGCCAACACGCAUGUGAAACAUUUUAGUCUCGCGGCCACCAGGAGCAAUGACCCCGUGGCUGUUGCUUUUGCAGAUAUGCUGAAAGUGAACAAAACUUUGAAGAGCUUAAAUAUGGAGUCCAACUUCAUCACAGGCACAGGAGUUUUAGCACUGAUUGAUGCUUUGAGAGAUAAUGAGACCCUGAUGGAGCUCAAGAUUGACAAUCAGAGACAGCAGUUGGGCACCUCAGUAGAAUUAGAAAUGGCCAAGAUGCUUGAGGAAAAUACAAAUAUCCUUAAAUUUGGAUAUCAGUUCACGCAGCAGGGACCCCGAACCAGGGCGGCCAAUGCGAUAACGAAGAACAAUGACUUAGUGCGCAAGAGGCGAAUUGAAGGAGACCACCAGUAAGCGUGGUGACCUUUAGAAGACUGCAGAUCACCAGAGGCUCGUGUUUGUGGCAGCAGAUGUAAAAAUUACCUGGGUGGAAGGGAAAGACUGGAAAUCUUUUUUAACUAUAUGCAUUAUUUUCCUAGCUUAAUUAUAUUUGAUUUGUAAAAUCAGUACUAGGUAUUAUUUUGUAUUUGUAGCAUUUCUACUGAGACCAGUUUAAUUUAGCUUAAUUGAAUGGUUUAUGAUGAUUUUUAGGUAAAAAUGCAGUUGUGGAAAGUUUCAAAAGUCGUGUAUGUAAGAAUAAUUUGAAUGAACAUCUUGAGGACCACUCUUUUUUAAAUCAGAAGGGACACUGCUGGCUCAAUAUUAAUGUUGCUCCUCAUACACUAAGGGUAAGGCGCACGGUGGUUUCCUUUUUAAAAAUCAAUGAAUUUAGGCAAAAGUAUGCUUUUUCCUUAUUAGGGAAAUAAAAUGUCAGAAUUUUGAAAGGUGGCUCAGAAUCCAUUAUAUCUACAUAAGCCAAAGCAGGCCUUCAGGAGACAGAACAGCCAUCUGUGUUGCGGUUUCUGCACACAUCUAAUGAGUCUCAGCUGCACGGGGUUGCUUGUGUAUGUUUCCAAUCGUCCUUAGUUCUGUCCCACUGCAUACCUUGUUAAACGUAUAGUUACAAGUAUUUUUCUCUGCUGUGGGCAUUACAGUUUUGUAAAAGCUAAUGGUUGAAAAGCAUCCGAGUAGAGAGGUUCUUUUCCCCAUAAAAGGCUCUUGGCCAAUACUCAGUUAUUGAGAGUAAAAGAGAAAAAAGAAAGGCGCUGUUAGAUGUAGGAGAGUUCAAACCUGAAAUUUGCAAGGUGGCCAUCUCACUGAUGAGCAGUGUCAGUCAGGAACUGACGUGAGCUAGCUAUGGUGGGUCACUCCUACAAUCUGAGCAGCUGAGAAGGUAGGAUUGCCAGAUAUUCAAAGCCGGUCUGAACUACAUAGGAACCUCCAGGUUAGCCUGGGCUACAUAUGUGAGAACCUACGUCAGGAAAAGGAAAAACAAGCUUGUUGUCUGAUAAGAAGCGCUAUAUGUGAUUCCAUAGGUGCAAUGUAGUACUGCCUAAACAGUUAGUCCCACUCCACAGCGUUCCAGCCAAUCACAAAGACUGCUGUUCUUCAGAAACCCAAUUUUAGUAGAUGUUUCCUUUCAUCUUGUUUUUUUUUAAGUCCAUAUAAUACAAAUUAAUUUCUGUAUCAUAGGUUAUCUUUAUCACCUUAGCUUUAGUUAGAGUGAGGAUUUGAUCUGUGUACAGUGGGGUUGGGUGAGGCUGCCCACUGAUGCCCUGCUAGAGGACGUGCGUCUGUAUCUAUGCUCUGCCCCAUACAACUCCUACAGGAGUGGCAGAGGCACACACAGCACAGACAGUAGAGAGGAAGAAGGCCCAGGGAAGCAUGAACAAGUCGACGGUUGCUUAUACCAUGCCAGUGCUGGUCUGUGAAGUAUUAUACAACUGAAGAAAAGACUUCAUCAGUAACGAGAGUGUGGAGUCAUCUGAUUGAAUUGAUACCUUUUAAGAAUUAUAAUGGAGAACAGUGUUUACCUUGAUCUUUAAAAGUCUGGCACCUCAUUUUGGUAGCAGUAUUUUUAAAUUCCUCUGAGAUUUUUAUGACAUGGUAAUAAAUUAGGACUUUGUAAUAGUUUUAAUUUUAAGCUAGAGAUUUUUCUAAACCUUCAAGUUUUAUGCAUGAUUAUCUAAGAGAAUAUUCUUCACAUUUCUAAAUCGCCCUUUUAAAAAGCCUUAAAUUGCCCAUUUUGUAAAACUAUAUAUUCAUAUUUGUCUCAAAUUAUAAUUUUCAGUAUGUCUACAUGAAAUUGUAUCCAUUAAAUUCACCAUUAGUAGCUAAUAUUCAUGCCUUGAAAAUAGAUUUGGUGCUAUAAACUUAUAGCUAGAACCUACUAUAAGUAGGUUUAAAGAAUACAUAAAAUACAUUUUCUUACAGUGCCUAUCAUUUCAAAGACCAAAUAAACAUUUUGUGUUAAACAUAUUAGCAGACUAUUUAUUGGUCAUUUCAAGGAGGAUGUUUGUGAUCCUUAAGUAGCACGUUUUCACUAAUGAAAUGAGCUGUGUCCUUUACAAGGGGUACAAUCCUGAAAAGUUACAUGUAAUAGAACUUUAAAAAUUGUUUUAUGGGCUGGCGACUCUUCUGAAGGUCCUGAGUUCAAAUCCCAACAAACACAUGGU